AUGAAUAACUUAAAGAAUUAUGAUGAUAAUUCAUUGCUAUAAACAGUAAGUAAUUUUGUUAAGAACUUUAUAUUUGGAUUCUUGUAUAUUUUAUAAAAAGAGUCAAAAAUCAAUGCAUUAUUAUUAGCAAUUUUGAAUUUGAUUUAAUACAUAUAAUUACAUAGUUAUAUGUUUAGAGAAGAAAUAGGUUAUGUUUGGUAGAAUGAAGGAAUUUCAAAUGCAAUUAACAUAUUUUUAGAGCAUCUACUUUUCAAAGUGUACUUUACAAGUUUGUAGAGUUAUGUAAUAUUUUUAUUCAUUCAAACAGGAAUAUUCAUUUCAUUAAUAUGCAUAAUAAUAUACUUUGGAUAUUAAUAUCAUACAAGUUCAUACAUAAAUAGAACAGCAUCUUCAAUUUUAAGAGUUGUGUUAUUAUUAUUAAUUACAGUGUUGUCAAUGCCAAUAAUACAUUACAAUACAUCUGCAUGGAUGUGUAUAGAAGAUAAUAAUGGUGUUAGUAGACUUUAUGAUUUAUAAUGUUUUACAGCAACACAUAUAGGAUAUUGUAUAGCUUCAUUCCUAAAUUUAAUGUUAUAUGUCACUUUGUCAAUGACAGUAAUUUUCACUUAUUUUGAAUGUCGAUUUAGAGCAAAUGAUUAAACAGCUAAAAUAAAUGGUAGAGCAGAUGCUAUUAUUUAGAGUUAUGUUAUUGUGUAAGAGAUUGCAUUUUCAAUAAUGCAUGAUCGUAAUUUUACUUACAUUUUAUUAGUAAUAACAUUAGGAGGUAGUUUAAUCAUAUUUAUUGCAUUUUCUCUUGGUACUUAAUAUCAUAGUUUUCUAUUUACAAGGUAUCAUUCUACACUAUCUUCUUUACUUAUGUGGAGUGCUUUUAUGUUGGCAGUAGCAACAGCAAUGGAAGGUAAUUUGAUAGGUGGUUCAAUUGUGGCUUGGAUGGUUGGAAUACCAUUUGUUAUAAGUAUAGUUUUGACUCAAAGAGAUAGAUAAUUAGAAAGUUUAGUGGCAAAUGUAAAUAAAUUAAAUAGUGCUGAAGAAAUCAUUUCAUAAGUUAGAUAUAUAUUGACUUUACUAAGAUUAUAGAAUGAAACUAAAUAUGCAGUUAUUUUAGAUGGUUAUAUAGAAGUUCAUAGAUAAACUUGUGAAAAAACAGAUUGUCCUUUAAAGAAAUACAAACCUGGAUGGAAUAAAAGAUUAAUAUAAUAAAUUAAAUAGAACAAUUCUGAAGUCAAAAAUGAUAAAUAAGCAUUAUUAAUAUUAACUCUUUAUAGAAUUUUGGAUUAAGGAUUAGAAAAGUUUGAGAAAAAUGUUGAUCUAAGAAUUUAGUAUGCUUUCUUUUUAUUAGAAGUAAUGUCAUAUAAACAUAAAGCAUUAUAAGAAUUAUAAAAGGCUGAAGAAUGUGAACCAAGUUUAGAUACUUAAUUUGUUUUAUAUAAAUAUAAACGAAUAGUUGAAAGUGAAAUAUAAGAUGAUUAAAAUGAAAAAACUAUUUCUAAUCAUGAAAUUUUACCAAUAUCAGCUGCUCCACCUAUUAUUAGUGGAUUAGCUAUGUAAAUUGAGAAAUGUGCUUAUUUACAUAUGGAAUAUUGGUCAGAAUUAAAUGAAGAAACUCCAGAUGUUGCAAAAUUAGAAGUAAGUGGCAAGAAAGUUACAGAUAGUAUUAGAAUAGUUUAAGAAUUAUGGUAAAAAUUAAAAAGAGUAUGUCCAAAUCAUUAGACUAGUAUUAUGUUAUAUUCAGUAUUUUUGAUUGAAAUACUUAAUGAUAAAGAAUAUGGAGUUAGUUUGAAUGAUACUUUACGUAAAAUGAUAUAAGGAUAUAAUAAUAGUAAAAUAGAUGAUAUAGAUAAUCAUGAUUUUAGUAAUGAUCCUACUCCAACUAUUGUUUUAUCUAGUGAUAAUGAAAAAUUUGGAUUAAUUUAAUAAAUAAAUUCUAGUGGUGCAGCAUUAUUUCAUUAUACAAAAAGUGAAUUAAUGAAUUAAAAUAUUUAAAUUUUAAUGCCAGAUAUGAUUGGUAAAUCACAUGAUAGAUUUGUUGAAGAUUUCAUUAAUAAUUCUGAUUAUAAAUAUGUUAGUAAAGAUAGAUAAGUUAUAUGUAAAAAUAAAUCUGGAUAUUUAUUCUAAAUGAAUUUAAAUAUUAAACCAAUUAAUUCAGUUAAAAAUGGAAUAUCAUUUCUUGGAACUUUUACAUAAGAUAAAUUUAAUAAAUAAAAUGCUUUUAUCUUAGUUAAUCCUAAAAAUUAAAUUGAAGGUAUUAGUACUGGUUGUUUAAGUUUAUUAAAACUUGAUAUAAGAUACAUAAAAACAAAGAAAAACUUUUUUGAUCUUUUCCCAUAAAUAACAGAUAAGGAUUAAUAUUUAAAUAAAUAAGGAAGUAUAGUUUAAUAUACAAUUCCAAAAGAAAUCUUAAAAAUUAUUGAAAGUGUAAGAAAAAAAGAAGAAAAAGAUUUUAUUUAUAAAGGAGUUGAUGAAAAAUCUAUAUAAUUAUAAUGUUUUUGUUCUGAAAUCUCAUUUGCUUAUGCAAAUUUUCCAGCUGGUUAUUGUUUUAAAUUUGAAAGAGUAUCAGAUUUAGGUGCCUCUUAACUUAAUAAUUCAAUUAUUUCUAAAAAAUCAGGAAAUUAAUUAUUUGAUAAGAAAUUAAAAAUGAAUUAAAAUAAAUUUAUUUUUUAAGGUAAAUUUGAUGAAGAAAAUACAAUGUAUAUUGAUGGAUUUUAUAAAGAUUUACCAAGUUAUUCUGAUUUAGGAUCUAGAAUAGAAUAAUCUAAAAUUGAUUAAUCUAAAAUUGAUGAUAGUUUUAUAGCUCCACAAAAAUUAGAUAUAACUAUUUCUAAUAAAUAAGAUAAAACAGAUUCUUAAGAAGGAUCUCCAAAAUUUAAAGAAAUUUAAGUUGUAAGCAAUAAAAUUAGAUAUGAUGAAGGCAUUAGAACAGUUAGAUUAUUUUAAAAUAAAGUUGGUGAAAUUGUAAAUGAUGAUGAUUAAGUAAUGGAAGAGGAAGAAUAAGAAUAUGAAGGUAAUUAAUAUUAAGGUGUAAAUCAUAAUUUAUUAUAUGAUGAUUCUGAAGAAUAAUAAUCAGAAUAAGAUGCUUUCUAAAGUAGAACAAAAUUAGAAUAAGCUAUUAAUCAAAAUCAAACACCAUUUCCAAUUAAGUUUAUUAGAAUAGCUGAAACAUUCUUAACUUUAUCAAUGCUUGUUUUAGCAUUUGUUGAUUACUUUUUAGAUGUAAUUAUUAUAUAUAUAUAUAAGAUUAAUUAAUUAUAAGAUAUUUAAUUAACACUUGAAGUUUAUAAUACUUAAACUAAUUUAGUUGCUGAAUGGAAUUAUUUACUUGAAAAUAUAAGAGAUUUAUAAUUAAUUAAUUAAAAAUUGUAUGGUAAUAGUACAGAUUAAAUAACAUAAAAUGAAACAAACUUAAAAAGUGAAAUGAAAUCUAGUAUAGAUUAUAUCUAAGAAGGAUUAAAUUAUAUUAUUUUAAGUGGAUAUGAAUUUCCAUCUGAUUUAAAAACAUUGUAUAAUGAACCAAAUAUAAAUAUGAAAUUUAAUUCAACAAAUAGUUAAACAUUUGAUUUUUAAGAAGCCUCAAAUUAAUUAUUAAGUUAUGCUUUAACUAUUAUGAAUUACCCCUUAGAAUAAAUAUCUUUAUAUUCUAAUGAUGUUGCCCUUUAUUUUUCAAUUUAAAAUGGUUUUAAUUCUUAUUUAGAUGCAUAAUUAAAUGUUUUAUCUUACACAAUAGAUGACUUUAUUUCUAAAACAGCAGAUAAAUCUACUAAUUUUGUAAUCAUUGUUGUAGUGGCUGCUGUUAUUUUAGCUCUUUCAUUAGCUAUAGUUGUUAUUAUAUUAUUGUCUACUAGGUUGGCUAAAGAAUAAGUCAUCAUUAUGUUUUUAGAAUUACCCUCGAAAGUUGUAAAGGCUUUAUUCAAUAAAUGUGAAGCAUUUGUGAAAUAUGUAAAUUCAAUUGAUGGAGAAGGAAGUGAAAAAGAUGAAGAUUUUGAACAUCAAAUUGAAUCAGAUGAUAUGGCAGCUAUUGAUUCGAAAAAAAAGAAAAAAAAGAAAUUUAAAAAUACAACAUAAGCACCUAUUAGAUUUUAUAUUUAAGUUAUUCUUAUAGCAGGAUUCAUGGAAGCAUAUUUUAUUAUGCAACUUGUACUUCAAAAAUAAAAUUUAAGUGAUGUUAGAUAAUUAAUUUAUGAAGCCAAUUCUACAAUUAUGGCUGAAGGCUUUUAUGCUUUUUGUAAUAAUGUUCAAUAAGCUGUUUUAAUUGAUUCAACUUAAGAAGUAUAAAGUUAGGCUGCUGUGAAAAUAUAAUAUGAUAAUUUAUAUCGUUUAUAUUAAUUAGAUUCAACAAUUCAUAAAGAACAUUCAUCUAAUAUUGAUAAACAUGAAUAAGUUUACAUAGAAGCUUAUAAUACAAUUAUGUUUUCUAAUCCUUGUCAACGAUUAAAUGAAAUAGCUAAUAUCAGUAUUACUGAUUGUGAAGCUUUUGCUGAAACUAGUGUUAAAAGUGGAUUUACUGUAGCUUUAACAAGAUUUUUUGAAAACUUGAGAUAUUUAUCUAGUAUAUAUACUCUAACCAUUUAAACACCUACUCCUCCUUUAUCUGAUUUUAUUGACUAUGAAGAAAUAAAUAUCUUUCCAAAUGAAGCAGACAAUUUAAGGAUCAAUUUAAUGAAGCUUUCUAAGAUGUAGGAAGUUAAAAAAAUGUAAAGAACUUAUUUUAAGUAAUAAAUAUUAUUAAUAUUAGAACAGCGAUUCGAUAUUUAGGGGACAGCUUUAUUGAAGGUUCUUAAGUUAAAUAAAAUACAUAUUUAUCAUAAAAGUUAGGUUUGUUUAUUGCUUUUAUUAUUGUUAUAAUUUUGAUAUAUCUUUUUUAUUGGAUACCAUUUCAUCGUCAUUUGAAUAGAGAUAUUUGGAAGACUAGAAUGACAUUAUUGAUGAUACCAGUUGAUAAUAUAAGAAGAUUAAGAAAUGCAAAAGCAUAUUUAAAAGUAUUGAUAAACUAAAAAAAAUGA